AUGGACGCAACAGGGGACUUGACAAAAAGAUGGGAGAAACUGCAACUGUCAACGGAAGAAAGCUCAUGCUUUCACAUAACGCAAGGAGUCCACCAAGAUUCUGAAGGUCUAGGCAAACAAUGCCUUGUAGCUAAGGCAAUGGCUGAAAAGCUUGUUAACAGUGAAGCUUUCCAUAUCACCAUGUCACAAUUAUGGAGGUUGGAAGGCUGGGUCAGUUUCAAAGAACUCGGAGACCAGAGCUUCUUGAUAGAAUUCCAAAAAGUGAAGGAUAAGGAGAAGGUCCUGGCGGGGCGUCCCUGGUUUUUCGAUAGAUGCCUACUAGCCAUACAAGAAGUUGACGAAAGCCAGUCCAUCAAUGCACUGCAGUUCUGUUAUGAACCCUUUUGGGUUCAACUCCACAAUCUUCCACUAGUUACCAUGACAGAGACGUUUGGUGAGGAGUUCGCAGCAUCAAUAGGGCCUGUGAUAAGAGUCGAUGCAGGCUCAGAUGGAAGAGCAUGGGGUAGAUGCCUGAGAGUUAGGGUGGCGGUGGAUUUACAAAAAGCCUUGAUGCGUGGCAAGUGGCUUGGGGUUGAUGGGAAGCAACACUGGAUCUCCUUCAAGUAUGAACGUCUACAAAAUUUCUGUUUCCAGUGUGGAACCUUGUCGCACAAAGGAAGAAACUGUGUGAGGUCACGGGAUGAACAACAAAGUGAUGAUCCAAAACUAAUGUAG